AUGGGCAAACUUAUUCCCGAAGAGUACAGCGGCAGCACUACAGAUAUCAAAAUCGACAGCUACACGUUCACCCUCCCCACCGACGUAGCGGAUGCCUUCCUGGCAACUCGUGAAAUGACAAUUGCCGCAUAUCGGAAGGUUACAGCGGGUGAGGUUGUGGCGGGGGGAGGCAGAGAUAUGGCAUUUGUUUUUGGCACUGCUAUCAUUGCCACCUCUGAGGGGAACAGUGUUGUGGAAGCCGGGAGCGUUGCAGAACUCCAGGCUCAUAUAGCUGGUGGGGAGGUGGCAGCAUUACCUCCUUCUGAUGACCUAGAUGUUCCGAUGCUUGGCGAAGGGCUUCGCCGUUUGGCACUUGGUGAUACUGUAACUGCCUCUAUUGCCUCGAGUUCCACCCCUAUUAUGACACCGGUCCCAGGCCCUACGGGGUCCGUAGCUCUGACGCGAAGCAUACCCUCGGCCCUUACACCGACCGCCGCACCGCCAGCCCACGACGCCAACCAUCGGGCCAGGGCCUUCCUCGGUGACUUCAGCGACUUCUAUCAUGCGUCUCUCAAGCUCAAAGUGCCCGCCACCUGGCUUGUAGGGAUGUACGUUGAUGGUGUGCUAUCAAUCAGUGGGCGGUUUGCGGCAACUAGGACCGGGAUUGGAGAAGAGAUGUAUCUGAUGUGUGCUUCACGAACUGUCUUGGAUCACGCAGUUAGGCAAGCGGUGUGUAGGGUGCUUGCAGAGGAGGACCCGGCUCGUAGUGCCCUUGCGAAGGAGUAUCAGGGGAUAGAGGCUCGGUGUGGGUUUUGUUUGCUGGCGGGGACAGGGUGUAUACUAGGGCGGUAA